UUGAAAUUGGAUUUUUUUCUCUCCUCCAUUCGUCCAAGAUUCUCACGAGUGUUCAAGAAAUAGUUUGAAUUUUCGUGCGUCGAGACUGUGCUCCUUCCUAAUUCUAUCAAAGGCACGAAGGAAUUUUUGAUCUUACCACCACUAGGCACAGUAGCUCAUGCGCAAGUACUCUCGAGGAUCUCGGCAUGUCAGCCGACCAUAAUUUAGAUCUGGAGGCAAGUAAACCGGGAUAAGCUCCAAGAAGCCGGCCAAGAGUUACCUAAUAUGACCAAUCAACUAUCUGGAAGAUCGUCGAGAAACGGGCGAAAGUCGUCCACCUAUCUGAGCCCUCGUGAACGAACACAAGACGUUCGGACGACGCGAGCUCUUUGGUGUACGUACAAAUGUGUUCUGUGCGUACUCUGUUUCUUACUUAUACUAUCGCUAGGUGAGUGUAUAACGUCUUGGAAGUGAUACAGUGGAGCACUUUUUUGGUUAUCCGGAGACUUGGGAUUCAGGGACAUUAAGGGCGGGACGCCCAGAUCGAAGGGAACGCACAUCUUUGUCUGGACAGUGACUUACAACAGUUCAACGGAGAAGAACAGCAUGUGCAUUAUACACCCCAUUCCUCUCCUGGUGGGGAUGUCCAUUUUGGUUGUGAUUGUGAAUUGUCAGGAGGCUGUCGAGGAAGUGCACAAGAACCCAGGGGAGUUGAUACACGUGUCUCGGAUAUUGCAGAAGCGUGCCUUCACACCCGAUAUCGAUUUCAAGAAAGUCACCGGUAUUUGGGGUCCGGAUGCAUCCAUCUCCUUCACUUAUGUCAUCUUGGCCAAUAAUCUAUUCGCCUUUGCCGGAUGGAUACUUGCGGGUUUUAUUUAUGCUGGGGUGUCUGAAAAUCCGAGUAAGGGAAUCUUCUCAUACUUGUUCGGGCCUCAAGCAACUGCAGUGAACGCUUUCCGUUGUAUCGUCGUUUUCGUCACCAUGUUCGCGGGUCUCUUCCUUAAGACGUUGAUCACCUUAGGGAUGCACACAACCAUGGAGAAAUACAUGGCCAAGACACCCAGUGAUGUGAUGAAAUUUCUCACGCGAGAUGACUUCCUUCGAGAAAUCAUUGGUCGAGGAAUCAUGACCGCAGUGUUCCAGCUUUUGGGCUGGAUCAUCAUCGGAAAAAUUGCCGGAAGCAGGAUCCUCGUGGGUCCGGAAAUGAGCAAAAAGAGGAAGAAGAGACAGACCAUCAGUCGAAUUAGGCCCAAAAAUCCAACGUUAGACCCCAUGUGGGCGAAAGAACAGUAUUUCCAAGACGGGACUGCUAGCUGGGGCAUGGACGUCGGGAAAACGAUGAGUGUUGGAGAUUUCGAUAUCAAGGGCGUUGCGUGAAUGCGGUGGUUCUUCUAAAGGAAUUUGUCAAGAUUGAGAUACUGGCGUGAGUGACCUUAACAUAGUAGAAAAGGUACAAAGAUAAACGUUAUUCAGAGGGAAACCUGAGAAAUGAACGCCUUAUUUGGUGGAUGCCAAAGCUGAUGAUUGGGAGAGAAAAGUUCAAGCCACCAGUGAGAGACAAAGGUCGUCGUGCAAAAGUUGCUUAUGAAAGCAUUAUCUUUUCAUGUGUUUCAGGGUUUAUAACAUAUAUGUAGCAUUAGAUCUCCACUUUGGAUCAGUUUCAUCCCCUUUAUCCCCCAUGGGUAGAAAAGAAGAGAAAGAGUGUAAAUCCUUUUCAAGGGCCUUCAUCAGAUGUAUAAAACCCAAGAGUUGGUACUAAAGCUUCACAGUUAUCUCAAACAACUAACAAACCAACAAUCAUCAUGAGCAAGCUUCAAUCCAUUGCUGUAUUCAUCUUUGUCUUUGGAUAUAUGUGGCAGGGAUCCAACUCUCUUUAUUCUCCCCAACAAUUUGUCGUGGAGGAACCUAGAGCCUCCUUGGUCAGGACCUUCUUGCGAAGUCAUGAGGUGGAACGGCCAGGGAUCUUCUCUGACUUGAAUCUCUGGAUGCAACCCAUUGCCAAUGAAGAGCGUCAUCGUCAACUCAUCAAGAAGGGGGAUCAAACCCGUCAAGAUCAGAUUCGAGCCAUGGAAAACAUGAUCAUUCGAACUGUUCGAGACAAGAAGGUCAUGAACCAGCUCAUUGGAACAGUGGUCAAAGAGAUUAAGGAUAUGAAUCGGGAUCCCAUUGAAAGAUUUGAGGUAGAUCAGGGCAUGGCCAAGCCCGCCAUGUUCUCACGUCAGCUCUCAGACCAAAGUAGAUCUGUAGAACAAGUUGAUGAACCUAUUCCAUUAACAUCCAACAUUGGCUCUCCGGAUUUGAACUCAUUCCAAAGCCCAAUUUUAAGUGUACCAAUGCACCUGCUGAGAGGGGUUUAACACAUGAAUGCGCACUAAGGAAAAAAAACCACCAAGUAGAAGAUUACAGUAUCAAAAGUAUCAACAGAAUUCUGUUUCAUUCCAAACUAUAAACUUAAUUCCAUUUCAAGUACUUCGCCAUUUUUUAAAGCUGUAUAAGAAAUGAGUCGUUGUUUCAUCUAUGAAGGCAAAAAUACUCAUAUUAUGUUCAUGUGUAACCACGUUUUAUCAAAGCCAUUGAAUUCAGAGGAAAAUAAAAACUUCAUCCAUAAACCAUUGCGCCACUCAUUUCAACCAUUUGGAUUUGAUUCGCAAAAUUCGGGUUUUUUUUC